AGGACACUUUACAUGGCAUCACCCAGCAAUUACUCCACUGCUCCUGUCUCUGAAUUCCUCCUCAUCUGCUUCCCUAACUUCCAGAGCUGGCAGCACUGGCUGUCCCUGCCCCUAAGCCUCCUCUUCCUCCUGGCCAUGGGGGCCAAUGCCACCCUCCUGAUCACCAUACAGCUGGAGUCCUCUCUGCACCAGCCCAUGUACUACCUGCUCAGCCUUCUCUCCAUGCUGGACAUGGUGCUAUGUCUCACCGUCAUCCCCAAGGUCCUGGCCAUCUUCUGGUUUGAUCUCAGGUCCAUCAGCUUCUCUGCCUGCUUCCUCCAGAUGUUCAUCAUGAACAGUUUCCUGACCAUGGAGUCCUGCACAUUUAUGGUCAUGGCCUAUGAUCGCUAUGUGGCCAUCUGCCACCCCCUGCAGUACCCAUCCAUCAUCACUGACAAAUUUGCGGUGAGGGCUGCCAUCUUUGUUAUAGCUCGGAAUGCCGUAUUUUCUCUUCCUGUUCCCAUCCUUUCUGCCAGACUCAGAUACUGUGCAGAGAACAUCAUCAAGAACUGCAUCUGCACUAACUUGUCUGUGUCUAAGCUCUCUUGUGAUGACAUCACUUUUAAUCGGCUCUACCAAUUUGUGGCAGGCUGGACCCUGUUGGGCUCUGACCUUGUCCUUAUUGCUCUAUCCUACUUCUUCAUCCUGAAAGUUGUGCUAAGGAUCAAGGCUGAGGGAUCUGUGGCCAAGGCCCUGAGCACAUGUGGUUCUCACUUCAUCCUCAUCCUCUUCUUCAGCACAGUCCUGCUGGUUCUGGUCAUCACUAACUUGGCCAGGAAGAGAAUUCCCCCAGACGUCCCCAUCCUGCUGAACAUCCUGCACCACCUCAUCCCUCCAGCUCUGAACCCCGUUGUUUAUGGUGUGAGAACCAAGGAGAUCAAGCAGGGAAUCCAGAAACUUCUGAGGAGGUUGUAA